CCCCAGCACUCUGCAAGGCUAGAAAAGGAGGAGGAACCUGUCCAGAAUCCCUGCAGGACAAGGAAAAGAAGGGAAAAUCUCAACAUGGAAAAACUCUACAAUGAAAAUGAAGGAAAGCUGGAAAUCGAGGGAACGCCAGAAGAUGACGUAGAGCCUGAAGAUGAAGGAAAAUCAGAUGAGGAAGAAAAGCUGGAAGUGGAGGGGAAGCCAGGGCAUGAGGGAAAGCUCCAGAAUAAGGGACAGCCAGAUGAUGAGGGACAACCAGAAGAUGAGGGAAAGCAAGAAAAGCAGGGCAAGUCUGAAAAUGAGGGAAAACCACACGGUGAGGGCAAGCCAGAAUCCCUGGCAAAGCCUGAGAGUGAGCCAGGGGCUGCUGAGAAGCGCCCAGCUGAAGAUUACGUGCCCAGGAAAGCAAAAAGAAAAACAGACAGGGAGACAGAUGAUUCCCCCAAGGACUAUCAGGAGGACUUACAGGAAAGGCACUUGGGCAGUGAGGAGAUGAUGAGAGAAUGUGGAGAUAUGUCAAGGGCUCAGGAAGAGCUAAGGAAAAAACAGAAAAUGGGUGGUUUUCAUUGGAUGCAAAGAGAUGUACAGGAUCCGUUUGCCCCAAGGGGGCAACGGGGUGUCAGGGGGGUGAGGGGUGGAGGUAGGGGCCAAAGAGGCUUACAUGAUAUCCCAUAUCUUUAAUGCCUUUGGCCUUCAAUUUUGUUUUCUCUGAUGAGAAUAUUGCUGCCGCUGCUUUCCCUGGCAGGCAUUUGCCAGGCUAUGUGCUUUAACCUUAAGCUGAUAUUUUGUUUUAGGUGUCACUCUU